CAGGUGCCAUUGAAGACAGGGUUUUAUGUUAAAGAGAGAAGAUCAUGAAAAUGAUGUUUGAUCGUACAACAGCUGAGCUUCAUAGAGGGCUAAUAAGGAAUGGAGAAGAAUUAGUAAUUGAAGAGACAACACGAUGUGUUUGCGGGUUUCAGGAUGUCCAGAAUGAAGAGUCAGCAGAAAGGAAUUUAUAUAUACAGUGUGAUCAUUGUUUAGUUUGGCAGCAUGGUGCUUGUGUAGGGUUUAGGGAUGAGAAAAGUAUUCCAGAGAUUUAUUAUUGUGAAAUAUGUCGGCCGGAUUUACAUCAUGUUACGUAUAAAGCAAAAGCGCCUCCAACAUCUAAGUAUCAUCAAUCAUCAGGAAAUGUAGAAUCGGAAUGGAAAAGUUCUUUAUUGAAAAAACGAUGGACAAUGAAUUCGAGAGAUGCUAUAUAUGAUAGUUCAUUACCGGAAUUUGAUCAAAAAAUAUUUGUAGAAAAGGCAUCAUCAGAGCCAAUUAUAAGUAGUGAAAAGGAAAGUGAUUUCUUGAAUAAGAGGAAGAAACGAAGAAAUUCUGAUUUUCCUGAAUUAUCUAGUUAUCAUGAAGUGAAACGUAUCCGAAGAUUAUCUGUUUCUCCGAGAAUAUCUUUGAAUACACAAUCUAAUGAUUGGGAGGAAGAACAAGCAACUCUUAUGAAAAAACGUAAAAGGAUGAAUAUGGGAAUUGAGGUACGCAAAGUUGCGGUAAAAGGUCGUCAGGGUGAAAAUAAAAAUAAAACAAAAGCAAGUGAAAAAAAGAUGAAAAAUGUUUCUCUUGAUAAUUCGGAUGUCGCGCCGAAUUCUUCUAAAACAAAGCAAGCUUCAUUAAAAGUAAAUGCUCAAAGUAAUGCAAAUCAAUUACCCCAUCUAGAACAAAAGGCUCGAUCUAAGGCGAAGGCAAAAAAGACAUCUACUAUACGGCAUCAGCAUGACACGCGUCAAUCGCAAAUUCAAAAAGAUUCAGAACAGACUUUUUCGAACGUACUUAAUAUUAUAGACAAGCCUUCUCGUCCUCGAAUUCCUCAAGCAAAAAUAACAAUGAUUGAAAUGAAGAAACGUGUAGCUGCUAUUCUUGAAUAUAUAAGUCGAACACAGUUAGAGAUGGUAUCUGAUGAAGAACAUCGAAGAAGAUUAUUUGUUCCAUUGUUAGAAAAAAUAGACAAGGAAAUUAAGGAUAAAAAAGAAAAUUUUCCAGAGUUAGAUAAAAAAAAAAUAACUAAUUCUGAUAGUAGUAAAAAUAAUGUUGAAACUUCGUCUAAUAUAAAAACAGUGAACAGUAUAUUUCACUAUAAUUUCGAUAGUUUUGAAAUGAUGGAAAAUUUAACUAAACAAUUGCUUGAAUGGGAAGAAAAGUUUGGAAGUUAUAGAGAUAAAAAUUCAUAAAAAUAACAGUUUUGAUUAUCAAAAUAUGUUAUACAAAAUUCUUUGUUUUACUAGGCUUCAUAAUAGUAUUUAUUUCAUAAAAAAUAUUAAUUGAUUUCAAAGAAUUGAGAUUUUGAUUAGAUAUAAUAUGGCA